GCGGAUAGCUAGAUAGAUGGAUGGAUGGAUAACCCCGCUGCUCCCCUCCCUACUAGCCCCAGCUGUCAGCUCCCUUCCUGACUUCCCCACCCUGCCCCCGGUACCAUGGCGUCCAGCGAGGAGGACGGCACGGUUGAGGAGAAGGAAAACAACAACAAAAAGAGAACGAAAAGCACCCUCGCUACCGCAUGGCUCACUUUCUACAACAUCGCCAUGACCGCCGGGUGGCUGGUUUUGGCCAUGGCAAUGACACGCUUCUACAUACAGAAAGGCACACACAAGGGUCUGUACAGAAGUAUAGCAAGGACACUCAAGUUUUUCCAGACCUUUGCAUUAGUUGAGGUGGGACAUUGUGCCAUUGGAAUCGUGAGGACUUCUGUGAUUGUAACUGGGGUUCAAGUGUGUUCGCGGAUUUUUAUGGUUUGGUUCAUCACCAACAGCAUCAGACAGAUCCAGAGUGAAGAAAGCGUAAUCCUAUUUCUGGUUGUGUGGACGGUGACAGAGAUUACCAGAUAUUCCUACUACACAUUCAAACUGCUCAACCACCUGCCGUACUUCAUCAAAUGGGCCAGAUACAACCUCUUCAUUGUCUUGUACCCGGUGGGAGUCGUUGGUGAGCUGCUCACCAUUUAUGCUGCGCUGCCGUUCGUACGCAGGUCUGGAAUGUACUCCAUGAGGCUCCCAAACAAGUAUAAUGUGUCGUUUGACUACUACUACUGCCUCAUCAUCGUCAUGCUGUCCUACAUCCCACUGUUUCCUCAGCUCUACUUCCAUAUGCUGCGGCAGAGAAGAAGGAUGCUUCAUGGGGAGGUCAUAGUGGAGAAGGACGACUAGACGAGCACCACCUCCCACCUUCAUUUGAGCCAACCUGCCCUCCACUUCACCCUCACCUCCACCACCGCUUCAUCUUCAUCUCUGUCUCACCUUUUAGCACCAUCAGCCAUUACAUUCUUCAUUGCACGGGACCUAAAGAACCACACAGCUGACGAUGGUUACCACCCAGUGACAAUCAGUAAUAACGACAAAGCCACGGAGUAAAACCACAGUAGUAAUACCAGAUCUGGAGUGUUUCUUUGCAGGAUUCAUUCCUAUCUGAAUGGUAAUAUUGGAAACAUGUUUACAGUCCCAGUGUUGCUGGAGCUAGAGACAGAAGCCUGUGGCGUCACAUCUCAGCACUCAGAGAUCACGAGUCCUUUAUUCACCCACCAGCCUUACUGCAUCUUGUUGCACUGAAGCAUCGCAGCCUGAGAGAAACGAGCACUGAGCCACAACACUGCACCCCGAAGAAGGAAGAGCCAAAUGAGGGGGAGGGGGGGUGUUAAAUUAGUCGCCUCAAUUAAAUUCAUUAUUCAGCCCAUGCAAUUGGCAGAUUAAGUGUAUAUUAAGUAUUUCAUAUACAAAAUAAGGUUUCAAAGUGAGAAUAUUCAUACCUCAACAAUAAAUCUACAUUUGGACAAUAUGCUGCUUCUUGUGUGUAUGUGUGUAACCCUAUGUGUAAACAAUGCAAUGUGAAAUGAGCAGUUAACACUAAUCAUAUUUCUUAACAGUAAUUUAUUCGCAUACUGUGAGCAAGCACAGCUCCGACUUAACAUUGUGUCCGCUUGGCUCAGCUCGUGCUUUCUUUUAUGUUGUUCUGAUGUUUACUAUGUCAAAUUAAUUUACAAGAGUGCAUCUUAAACUAAAUUUGAGUCUUCACAAAAGUAGUAACUUCUUUUUUUCUCUAUAGGCCGCUGUAGGUAUGAGACUACAAUUCAAAUUUAUGUGAGCACUUCAGUCUUCAGUCUCUGUCUUGUUUGUUUUUGAACAUAUCCGGUGUCUACAUCGAUUGGACAGUAGUUAGACUCCCUCCUACCAAAGGUGCUAUUGUGAGAUCAUUUUAGUCUUCUGUGCAGCUGAAGGAGUGACUGUGAUUGGAGAUUACCUAAAGCAGGAAAUCAGGAUGUGAAAUGACUGAGAGGAAAUGUUAGCGAAGAACUGCAUAGCCCAUGGUUAUCAAAGAAAAAAACCUUUUUGCUUGUAAUCUGGGUUAGUGGGAAAACAAUAAAAGAAAGUUAUUUAAGGGAAAAAAACAAUAAAAAUGUGAAAAUACCUUUUUGUGCAAAUUCAAUAAACUAAAUUCUACAGUACUGAAGAGUUUUGUGAUGAACUUCACUCUGGAUCUAGAA